AUGCGGCCGCCGCAGUCGGGCUCCAACCCGCGGCCUUCAGGUCAACAGUGGAGCACCAUAACCACUAGACCACCGUGGCGGGUUACUGAUGCAAAACCGUGUGGCUACAAUUGCGUGCGCAGGAACGGCCAGGAGGAGGCGCCUGUGCUGGUGUGGCUUCAAGGCGGUCCCGGCACGUCAUCUCUGCUAGGCUUCUUUGCCGAAAACGGCCCUUACGCACUUAAAGACGGAGACCCCCCGGUGCCUGUACGACGGCCAACCACGUGGUCCCGAUUCUUCUCGAUGAUCUACGUAGACGAACCUGUCGGCGCCGGUUACAGCUUCACGGAAUCUGAGCGAGGAUAUGCGCGCAACUUGACAGAUCUGGCCGGAGAUAUGGUGGAGUUUUUGCAGCAGUUCUUCACGCUGUUCCCGGAGUACGCCGAGAGGGACUUCUAUGUGACGGGAGAGUCGUUCGGAGGAAAGUUCGUCCCGGCCACAGCGUUCGCCCUUCACGAAGCCGGCGACUCGCUACGCGUCAAGAUCAACCUCAAGGGCGUCGCCUUCGGCAAUGGAAUCACAGAUCCGCCAAGUAUGAUCGACUACGGCCACCGCCUGUACCUCCUGGGUCUCGUCGACCGGAAGCAGGCCGCCUACUUCGACCAACAGAGGGACGUUGCCCUGGGCUUCAUCGAUAAUGACAGCUACGUCGAGGCCGCCUUCGUCAUCAACGACCUCAUCUUCAAUCUACCCAACGACUACUACAAUCCCUCAUCCUCGUACUUUACUAAUAUCACUGGUUACGAGAGUUAUUACAAUGUGCUCAACAUCCAUGAGAUUCUGGCAUCAAUACUGUAUGAGGACUUCGUCCAGACUCCAGCUGUGCGACGAGCCAUUCACGUUGGUGAAAACACCUUCCACGACAGGACCAAGGUCGUGACCCAUAUGAUGGGCGACAUCCUCAGAUCGGCCAAGUCUUUCAUGCCCGCGUUGAUGGAGAACUACAAGGUCCUCGUGUACAGCGGUCAUUUGGACAUUGUCGUGCCGUACUCAGCCACGGCGCAGUUCGUCGAGCGGAUUCCGUGGUCCGGGGCCGAGGCCUUCUCCGCGGCGCCACGCAGAAUCUGGCGCCCGCGCACUGAGCCGUGGUCGCCGGAGUCUAACCCUAAAUCUGCUAUCUUCGGCUACACGCGACGCGCGGAGGCUUUCAGAGAGGUCAUGAUUCGUAACGCUGGUCACUUAGCACCCCACGACCAACCUGAAGCGGCCCUUGACAUGAUGGUAAGGUUCAUUUUCGACUUGCCGUUUGCAGAUGGGGAAGACAUGCCCCAGAAUUCUUCUAGACGCGACUAGACGCUGCUGUCGGAG